AUGGCUCGCGGAAACGUCGGAGUUUACAAGGUCUUCUACAAGGGCCAGACUGAUGAUUUCGUUGUGUACGUUGACGAUGUUGCUGCUGUUAAGCAGUGGAGGAAGGACAAGACCACCCCCCUAGCUCAGGUAGUUAGUGGAUGGAAGAUAUUCAUCACACACCGACACGGCGCACAAGGCAUCCACGAUGGGGCCAGCAAGGCGACAUUGUCGAACGAAUUCGGAACGUCAGACGAAACGGCGUGCAUUACCAAGAUACUGGAGAACGGAGACUUGCAGGAAUCUGAGGGCACCGAACGAAACGGAUCAACCAACGACUCCAAGGGUGUUUUGUUGACCCGGUAA